AUGUUGCAUGAUAAACAGAUCUGUUCACACCAAUUCGAGAGGCGGCUUGGAUCAAUAAAAGGCAACAGGCACCAGAGGCAGCAAGCAGACAUUUGCGGCUCUCAGGACUAUCUCUUCAGAAGUCACAUACCGAGACUAAGCAAUAUGCCAGGAUUAUUUUUUUCUCACAACCACCCAACCGAACUGAAAGAAGCAGAUUGCAAGCUUGGAGAAGGCAAAGUUCAUAAAAGGAAGCAAAAGGCUUUUGGUGCAGAUCUGAAAAGCUAUUUGAAGUCCAUGGUACCACAUCUUGAAUCUAGCAACAAGUCUAACACCAGAAAUGUGACGCUUUCUGCGGAAGAGGUGAUGCAAUGGUCCCAGUCUUUGGAAAAGCUUCUUGACAGCCAAAGCGGUCAAGUUGCCUUCAGGGAGUUUCUGAAGUCAGAAUUCAGUGAGGAGAACAUUGAGUUCUGGCUGGCUUGUGAGGACUAUAAGAAAACCAAGUCUGAUCACUUGCAAGACAAGGCGGAAAAGAUUUAUGAAGAGUUUGUUCAGAUAGAUGCAGCUAAACAAAUCAAUAUUGACUAUCAUACCAGGAAAGCUACAGCUAAAAAGGCUCAAGACCCAACUUUCACAAGUUUUGAUGAAGCCCAAAAAACUGUAUAUGUGCUAAUGGAGCGGGACUCGUAUCCUAGAUUCUUGAAAUCAGAAGCCUAUCUUAAUCUUUUAAACAAGCUUCAUGUCAACGGUGUUAAGUGAGCUGUUUGAUGCCAUGGAAAUCUGAGGGUAGACUAUGCAUGUCAAUUAACCUACAGCAAAGAGUAGUGCAACUACUGUGCAACUGGGUCUCACCGUAGAGAAUGGAAACUUCAGUCUCUGAAGUGCUGGCGGAAGUGCAGAUAGACAAUCAUACGUGAUAAAACCCAACAAGAUGAAGGCACUCAAGCUAGGUUUCCAAGCCUGAUAGCAUGGGAAGGGGGCUGUGGAGGGGGAGACCCUCUUCUCCUUUAUGCCACUAAACUGAAACUGGAUACAUAGUUAUUAAUUAAUUGUAUCGCACUGUGAAUUCCCACAAGACAGAUAACAGUUUGGAAGAGCUAGGAUAAUACCCUUGUAUCUGAGUGUGAUGGGUAAAAUAAUUGAUAUUGGGAGAAAAAAUACUUUUAAAUUGUCAAUUUGUGUACUAGCUACAGAAAUGCAUAGAACAGACCAAAAAGCCAAAUGAAAACUUGUCCAGGCUAUGAAAUGUUAAUAAAUGUGUGCAGUUCUAAUGUAUUCAGUAAAAUGUAUUAUAACUGUAACAAUUGAGAAUAGGUUUAAGUUAUAUAAGCUAGAUAUUACUAUUUAUGUAUUAAGCAAGUAGGUAUGUAGCACAUUUUUACUAUUUAAUUUAUUGCAAAGUGUGAAAUAAUGACAAGCAAUUCCUAAAUAAAAGCUACA